AUGCAGUACCAAAUCCUCCUCGCAGCUUCUCUUGCUGCCGUCGCCCAUGCUCAGACCAUCGUCACCUCGAGUGCUGCCUCGGUCGCGGCCUCGACAACCGUGUCCCAGGUGAUGCCUCCUGCCGCCACCCAAGCGUUCAACCCCGCCGGAAUUGACCCUACCACUGCCUGUAAGAGCUGA